ACGGUCCCCGUGUUAACGACACUCACUCCCAGACCGCCGAGCCGUGCCUAACCAACCGGAAGCGCGGAAUGAUUUCUCCACGGCAAGCAAGGGCGGAUAAAAAAAGGAGGGGAGAAAAAAGCAUCAAAGAGUCGCUUAUUAGAUGAUUAACCGUUCGUCUAGCGGGAUUUCACAAAAGAAGGGGGAAAGCCUUUAAAUCUCGCAUUGACUGACCAUCCAUUUAAUCACUGUAGGAUUAUUCUUUUGGAUAUGGGAUCUACCUUCAGGGUCCCCACCUGCUGGGCACCGUAAUGGUGCUCUCUUCCAUAGCUGAGCUCCUCGCUGCCCUCUGAAGGAGCAGGAUGACAAGAUGGCGCAGCUGCUUGUACCGCCCGGACCAGACAGCUUCCGCCCCUUCGUCCCCGAGUCGCUGGCCGCCAUCGAGAGGCGCAUCGCCGAGGAGGAGGCCCGGCGACCCCGGGCGGAGCGCCGCAGCGACGAUGACGAUGAAAACGGGCCCAAGCCCAACAGCGACCUGGAGGCGGGGAAAUCCCUGCCCUUCAUCUACGGGGACAUCCCUCCAGGCAUGGUGUCAACCCCUCUGGAGGACCUGGAUCCCUUCUACAGCAACCAGAAGACCUUCAUAGUAUUGAAUCGUGGGAAGGCAAUCUUCCGUUUCAAUGCCACUUCUGCCUUGUACAUCCUAAACCCCUUCAACCCUCUGAGGAGGAUAGCUAUUAAAGUUUUAGUGCACUCGAUGUUCAGCAUGUUGAUCAUGUUCACCAUUCUGACCAACUGUGCUUUCAUGACCCUGAGUAACCCCCCAGAGUGGGCAAAGAAUGUAGAGUACACAUUCACAGGGAUUUACACCUUCGAGUCCCUUAUAAAGAUCCUGGCCAGGGGCUUUUGUGUGGGGAAGUUCACCUUCCUGCGGGAUCCAUGGAACUGGCUUGACUUUAGCGUCAUCCUCAUGGCGUAUAUAACAGAGUUUGUAAACCUAGGCAAUGUUUCAGCUCUGCGCACAUUCAGAGUUUUGCGAGCUUUGAAAACUAUCUCAGUAAUCCCAGGCCUGAAGACCAUCGUUGGCGCUCUGAUCCAGUCGGUGAAGAAGCUGUCGGACGUGAUGAUCCUCACCGUGUUCUGCCUCAGCGUCUUUGCUCUGAUCGGCCUACAGCUCUUCAUGGGCAACCUGAGGCAGAAGUGUGUGCGCGUGCCAAACUUCAGCAACGCCAGCAGCAGCAACAGCAGCAACGACACGGGCCUGUUCAACACCACACUGAACUGGACCGAGUUCAUCAGUGAUGAGAGUAAUUACUAUCACCUCCCUGGCCGUAGGGAUGCUCUGCUCUGUGGAAACGGCAGCGGUGCCGGACUCUGUCCAGAGGGCUUUAUGUGUCUGAAAACGGGCCGUAACCCAGACUACGGCUACACGAGCUUCGACACCUUCAGCUGGGCCUUCCUCUCCCUUUUCCGACUCAUGACGCAGGACUUCUGGGAAAACCUCUACCAGCAGACUUUGCGCGCUGCAGGGAAACCCUACAUGAUCUUCUUUGUGCUGGUGAUCUUCCUGGGCUCCUUUUACCUCAUUAACCUGAUCCUGGCUGUGGUAGCCAUGGCUUACGACGAACAGAACCAGGCCACCAUCGAGGAGGCUCAGCAAAAGGAGGAGGAGUUCCAAGCCAUGCUGGAGCAGCUGAAAAGGCAGCAGGAGGAGGCGCAGGUUGCCGCGGCAGCAGCCACCGAGAGCGGCGAGUACAGCGGGAGAGGGGGCCCCACCUCCGAGUCCUCCUCGGGGACGUCCAAGCUGAGCUCGAAGAGCGCCAAGGAGCGACGCAACAGGCGGAAGAAGAGGAAGCAGCGUGAGGAGGAGGAGGAGAGGGGCGUGUGCGACAAGUUCCACAAGUCCAUGUCCGAGGACAGCAUCAAGAGGUCCAGCUUCCGCUUCUCCAUCGAUGCCAACCGCCUCUCCUAUGAGAAAAGAUGCUCCUCACCCAACCAGUCUCUCCUCAGCGUCCGCGGUUCCGUCUUCUCGCCGCGGAGGAACAGCCGCACCAGCCUGUUCAGCUUCCGCGGCCGAGCCCGAGACAUGGGCUCCGAGAACGACUUCGCCGAUGACGAGCACAGCACCUUCGAGGAGAACGACAGUCGCCGAGGGUCCUUGUUCCUGCCACGGCGCCUGGAGCGGCGAUGCAGCGCCGUCAGCCAGACCAGCUUGGGGGCGCCACGGAUUGUGCUGCCCGCCAACGGAAAGAUGCACUGCUCCGUAGACUGCAACGGCGUGGUGUCGCUGGUCGGUGGGACAUCUGUAACAACCUCCCCUGUAGGUCUCCUGCUGCCUGAGGGAACAACAACAGAUACUGAGAUAAAGAAGCGCCGAUCAGGAUUCCUUCAGCCUUCCAUGGACUAUUUAGAUGAACCGGGGGGGCGCCAGAGAGCCAUGAGCGUGGCCAGUAUACUCACCAACACCAUGGAAGAGCUGGAGGAGUCGAGACAGAAGUGCCCGCCCUGCUGGUAUAGAUUCGCCAACACCUGCCUGAUCUGGGACUGUAACCCGGCAUGGCUGAAAAUCAAAGAGUUUGUCAGCAUGGUGGUCAUGGAUCCCUUCGUGGAUCUAGCGAUCACCGUUUGCAUUGUCCUCAACACUCUUUUUAUGGCCAUGGAGCAUUACCCCAUGACCCCUGAGUUUGCUAACCUCCUUUCAAUCGGAAACCUGGUGUUCACAGGGAUCUUCACGGCAGAAAUGUGCUUCAAGAUCAUCGCUCUGGAUCCCUACUAUUACUUUCAGGAGGGCUGGAACAUCUUUGAUGGCAUCAUUGUCAGUCUCAGUCUCAUGGAGCUUGGCUUGGCUAAUGUAGAGGGCCUGUCUGUGCUCAGAUCCUUCAGAUUGCUGAGGGUCUUCAAGCUAGCCAAGUCGUGGCCCACUCUGAACAUGCUGAUCAAGAUCAUUGGCAACUCCGUGGGUGCCCUGGGCAACCUGACGCUGGUGCUGGCCAUCAUCGUGUUCAUCUUUGCUGUGGUGGGCAUGCAGCUGUUCGGCAAGAGCUACAAGGAGUGCGUGUGCAAGAUUUCAGAAGACUGCGAGCUGCCGCGCUGGCACAUGCACGACUUCUUCCACUCCUUCCUCAUCGUGUUCCGGGUGCUGUGCGGGGAGUGGAUCGAGACCAUGUGGGACUGCAUGGAGGUGGCAGGGCAGACGAUGUGCAUCAUCGUCUUCAUGAUGGUCAUGGUGAUCGGAAACCUCGUGGUCCUUAACCUUUUCCUGGCCCUCCUCCUGAGCUCGUUCAGCGCAGACAACCUGGCGGCCACCGACGAUGACAGUGAGAUGAACAACCUCCAGAUCGCCGUCGGCCGCAUCCAGCGGGGCAUCUCCUAUGUCAAAACCAAAGCGCGGCAGUUCCUCCAGAGUCUCUGCUUCGACAGAGGCAAGGGCUCCGGCCUGGCCGAGGAGAGCAAACCCCUGGACGACCUGCAAAGCAACGGGAAGGGGAACUGCAUUUCCAACCACACGCCACUGGAGAUCACCAAAGACCCUAGUGGGUUGUACAUGAUGGAGGGCAAUGGGAAGCCGGGGGGGCUGGUGGUUGCGGUAGGCGGGGACACCACGAGCAAGUACCCAAUGGAAGAAUGCGACUACAUGUCCUUCAUCCACAACCCCAGCCUUACGGUGACCGUGCCCAUCGCUGUGGGGGAGUCGGACUUUGAAAACCUGAACACGGAGGAUUUCAGCAGCGACUCUUCUGACGUGGAGGGCAGCAAAGAGAAGCUCGACAUAGACCCCCAACCCCUGAGCUCAUCAGAAGGGAGCACAGUGGAUAUUCGACCCCCAGGAGACGGGGCCGAAUCCGUGGAACUGGAGCCAGAGGAGUCGUUGGACCCCGAGGCCUGCUUUACAGAAGGCUGUGUGAGCAGAUUCCAGUGCUGCCAGGUCAGCGAGGAAGUGGGCUGGUUCAAGAGCUGGUGGACGCUCAGGAAAACCUGCUUUAUCAUUGUGGAGCACAACUGGUUUGAGUCCUUUAUCAUCUUUAUGAUCCUCCUUAGCAGUGGAGCGCUGGCUUUCGAAGACAUUUACAUUGAGCAGCGGCGGACCAUCAAAACCGUGCUGGAGUACGCAGACAAGGUCUUCACUUACAUCUUCAUCCUGGAGAUGCUGCUGAAGUGGGUGGCGUAUGGCUUCGUUAAGUACUUCACCAAUGCAUGGUGCUGGCUUGACUUCCUCAUUGUAGAUGUGUCCUUGGUGAGCCUCGUAGCAAAUGCUCUGGGCUACUCUGAACUCAGCGCCAUCAAAACUCUGAGGACACUGCGAGCCCUCCGGCCCCUGAGGGCCCUGUCUCGGUUUGAGGGCAUGAGGUCAAACAAAAAUGUUGUGACUUCAUCCCGCCUCUCUAAGGUUGUGGUGAACGCUCUACUUGGCGCCAUCCCCUCCAUCAUGAACGUGCUCUUGGUUUGCCUCAUCUUCUGGCUGAUCUUCAGCAUCAUGGGCGUCAACCUCUUUGCGGGGAAGUACUACCACUGCGUCAACACCACCACAGACGAGCUCUUCCCCAUCAGCGUCGUCAACAACAAGUCGGAUUGCCUGAAGUUGGUUAACAAUAGCGCCCGCUGGAAGAACGUCAAAAUCAACUUUGACAACGUCGGAGCUGGUUACCUGGCUCUGCUGCAAGUGGCGACAUUUAAAGGCUGGAUGGACAUCAUGUAUGCUGCUGUGGACUCUAGAGAUUUGGAGGAGCAGCCUGAGUAUGAAGUGAACCUGUACAUGUACCUCUACUUUGUCAUCUUCAUCAUCUUUGGCUCCUUCUUCACUCUAAAUCUGUUUAUUGGCGUCAUCAUCGAUAACUUCAACCAGCAGAAAAAAAAGUUUGGAGGUCAAGAUAUCUUCAUGACAGAAGAACAGAAGAAAUACUACAAUGCCAUGAAGAAGUUGGGUUCAAAGAAGCCACAAAAGCCGAUUCCUCGGCCAACGAACGCAUUUCAAGGCUUUGUGUUUGACUGUGUCACAAAGCAGGCAUUCGAUAUUGUAAUCAUGAUCCUCAUCUGCCUUAACAUGGUGACGAUGAUGGUAGAGACGGAUGACCAAACCAAGGAAAUGGACAAAAUCCUCUACUGGAUCAACCUGGUUUUUAUUGUGCUUUUCACCGGGGAGUGUGCACUCAAAAUGAUUUCUCUGCGACACUUUUACUUCACUGUUGGCUGGAACAUAUUUGACUUUGUGGUAGUGAUUCUUUCAAUUGUAGGUAUGUUUUUAUCCGAAGUUAUUGAGAAGUACUUUGUAUCCCCAACGUUGUUCCGAGUGAUCCGACUCGCCCGGAUAGGCCGCAUCCUCCGCCUUAUAAAAGGUGCCAAGGGCAUCCGGACGCUCCUCUUUGCCUUGAUGAUGUCACUCCCUGCCUUGUUCAACAUCGGCCUUCUUCUUUUCUUGGUUAUGUUUAUCUAUGCUAUCUUCGCAAUGUGCAACUUUGCAUACGUCAAGAGAGAGUCGGGGAUCGACGACAUGUUCAACUUUGAGACCUUCGGGAACAGCAUGAUCUGCUUGUUCCAGAUCACGACAUCAGCUGGGUGGGACGGCCUGUUGGCGCCCAUCCUGAACAAAAGAGAGCCAGACUGUGACAGCAAGAUCGAGCACCCUGGGAACUUCUACAAAGGCAAUUGCGGUAACCCUUCAGUGGGCAUCUUUUUCUUCGUCAGCUACAUCAUCAUUUGCUUUCUGAUUGUGGUCAACAUGUAUAUCGCCGUCAUCCUGGAGAACUUCAGUGUGGCCACAGAGGAGAGCGCUGAACCACUAAGCGAGGACGAUUUUGAGAUGUUCUACGAAGUGUGGGAGCGCUUCGAUCCUGACGCCACUCAGUUUGUGGAGUACAACAAGCUUUCUGACUUUGCAGAUGCCCUCGAUCCACCGCUUCGCAUUGCCAAACCCAACAUGAUCCAGCUCAUAGCCAUGGAUCUGCCAAUGGUGAGUGGUGAACGCAUCCACUGCCUAGACAUCUUGUUCGCUUUCACCAAACGAGUUUUGGGCGAAGGUGGGGAGAUGGACAUGCUGCGUGGACAGAUGGAGGAGCGUUUCAUGGCCUCCAACCCCUCUAAAGUGUCCUACGAGCCAAUUACCACCACCUUGCGCCGCAAGCAGGAGGAAAUGUCGGCCAUAGUUAUCCAGAGAGCUUUCCGGCGCUACAUGAUCCAACAGGCCAUGAAAAAGGCCUCCGCUCUCUACAAAGAGCAGCUAAAGGAGGGUGUCCGCGACCCAGACAAGGAUGUGAUGGUCAUCAGCAAGUUCAACGAGAACUCCACCUCAGACAAAACAGACAUGACUCCGUCUACCGCCUCUCCACCCUCCUACAACAGCGUGACGAAGUCGGACAAGGACAAAUACGAAAAAGAAAACAAGGAAAAGGAAAACAAAGGGAAAGACUUGAAAGACAGAAAAAAAUAGACUUCUACAAAACGGAACAAACAAUGCAUCAGA